AUGGACACCUAUGCGGGCCGUCCCAUCUUGGCACCUUCCGGAUCGACCACACGCCACGCCGUGAGGGGCCAACAGCCUCACGGGAGCCCGUGCACAGGGGGUAUCCUCCCAUCCCCAUUGUCCAUCCCAUCGUCAAUCACCGAUACCGCCCCCUUCCUCGAUUCUUCAGCCAUUUGGCUUGCACGCGCACCGGCCAUGAAGACCUCCAUCGUACUGUCUCUUGUGGCCAUCGCCCGCCACGUCGCUUCCACCCGCUUACCGGAAUAUCAAUGGGAUCCAGCCUCCGCGGCAGAUUGCGUCGAGUGGGAGAACAUUGACGACGACAGUCAAUCAUGCGAAGGAGUGCGUGCAUACUAUGGCAUCACUCCCGAGGAGUUCCACAAAUGGAACCCUUCCGUUGGUCUCGACUGCAAACCGUGGUGGAUACAUACAUCAUACUGCAUCGUCACCCAGGAGAGACUGGACAACAGGCCAAACACGACAACUUCAUCCUCGACAACUGCUACCCCCACCAGCAGCACAUCCACUCUGGGUCCCUCUCCUACAGCUUGGAUUGCCAUGGGCUGUUAUGUGGAGGAUAGCAAGCUGCCAAUUCUUGAGCAGAACGUGAGCCCGGCUGGUGGAAACGUAUCUCUGACUGUCCCGAACUGCAAGGAAAGUUGCUAUCGACGCGCGUACGGCUUUGCGGGCGUGCAGGCGGGCAACCAGUGCUGGUGCGGCACUUACGUUGGCGGCGAGUGGGCGAGCAAUCAGACUGAUUGUAAUACCCCCUGCACCGGCGACAAGAAGACAUUCUGUGGUGGAAAGGGACUUGUCAAUGUCUUCCAGGCCCAGGAGAACCAGGCGCCCGCAUCCACCACCGGCACCGGCACUGUCCCUGCCACCAGCACCAGCACUGCUGUCAGCAUUGCCAGUGCUAGCAAGACGGGCGGGGCGGUGAGGAACAUGGCCGUGUUUUAAUUAGGAUGACCGCACCACGUUCAGUUGUUUUCUUGUUGUUGUUUAUGUAUAUAAAGCAGCUACGCGUGCACUCAGGGAUACAUAG